CUCGAGACAAGCUGCCCCCAGUCAGGAGUUAUUCUUUGCCGCCUGCGAUGAAAUGCAGUAGCAAUGUCUCCCAAGAGCGUCCUUACUAGUAUCAAUACAGACCCGGAAUCAGCGGAUCACAUCAAGAUGCAAUGCCUUAUCGCCCGGUCAGUCAUAGUCUCCCCUAUACUAGCUGCGGCAGACCCUGGUUUAUCAUGAGGUAAGUCAUGGUAACCGAGCUUGAGAAAUUUUCCAUUCCGUUCGGCUCGACGGCGUUCUCAACGUCACCAUCCUAUUUAAUAUCCAAGCUGGAUGGAGCUAGUCUCCAAUUCUGUUGAAGCUCUGCAGAAUUUUGCACUUUCCAAAUUUUGCGGUUUACCAUGCAUCAGUCUCUGCUCAUUGACGAGAUUCUUUCUCUCAUCAUUCGGUUCGUCGCUGCCGACGGCCAAGAGGACCCGAAGCGCUUGGAAAAUACGAGCGGCCUUGCUAAGCUAGCUCGUACAUGUCGCUGUUUCAUGGAAUGUGCUCUUGACACCCUCUGGCGAACUCAGCAUUCGCUAAAUCCUCUCAUCAUGUGUUUGCCAAGAGGCAUUUGGGAGAUUCAUUCCAGCAAUGUACUUUAUCUCACAAGACCACCUACUGAAUCUGAGUGGGCACGAUUCGACGUAUAUUCACGCCGUGUGAAGAGUUUCUCAUACCCAAAGCAAACAAAAAUGAUCGGACUACACGAGGACGCUCUUCCACUCCUUUUUUCUGAACGCUCUCCACAGUCUCUAUUCCCGUCACUUUCCUCGCUCGACUUCUCCAUCCUGUCGUGCAAUUCCUCCAGCUUAAUCCGAGACUUUCUUUCCCCGAAACUGACAAACCUCGCCUUCACUCUCCCUCGAAAGAUAUGCCCUCAGGACAUUUGCGGGAUAUUAGAAGACCUUCCUCGGAAGGCUACCCGACUCGAAAACCUUGCAAUUUCAUCGUUCUUUCCAGUGACGUCAUUUGAAUUGAACAUUCCGACCCAUGGGCUACCAGACUUACGUCGGUUGGUCGUCUCCAGUUCUAUUCGUAUAUCUGCACAGAGCGUGUUGAAUAUUGCAUCACUUCGUUAUGUUCAAGAGCUUGCCUUGAAUCUCCAUUCUGAUUUCGACGCCAACGUGCUACGCGAUAGGGCAAAUCAUAGUACCUUCCCCGCUCUCCGGCGUGUCAACCUCGUGGCAUAUGACCUUCCCCAGUGUACAUCUAUCGUGUCGCUUAUAUCCUCACCACAACUAGAAGACGUUACCGUCACCUACAACGUCCAAGCACGAUCUUCCGUCAUCACUUCAUUCUUGAGUGCCAUCGGCACGUCCGUUCGAUCAAUUUCUCUUCGACACAAUAUGCAAACUCACACAAUUGCCGACCCUCCUUUUGUUUUCUAUCCAUCCACAUUUGCACCGCUGUUCGCUUGCCACAAUCUCCGCACCAUCCAAGCAUACAAUCUUGGUACGCUCAAUUUAGAUGAUGACUUCAUCAUUUCGGCAGCUAAAGCCUGGAGCAAACUCGAGGACAUCCGACUCUGCAGUUUACCUUGGUCUUCCAUAAUCCCCAACAUCAGUCUGAACGCCUUGACGGCGUUGACUCGAUACUGUCCAAAGCUCACCCGUGUGCACCUGUCCUUGGAUGCAAGAGAAAUACCUGAGCUACCCGUCGACGGUCUCAAUACGACGGGUGCUCAGUUCCUGGGGGUGCUCAAUGUCCGGGAUUCGGCUAUUGGCCACACCGAAUCUGUCGCGCAGUUUUUGCGAGCGAUCAUACCGAAUAUGAGGACUUUGUAUGUUGAAGCACACCCAGAACUGAGGGAUAAAUGGAUGGAAGUCAAGGCCUACUAUGACCGACUGUCCAUGUCAGUAGUGCCUGUACUUAGAAAUGGGUCAUAGACAGUCGCCCUUAGAACUAGUCAUGGAUUAUUUUGGUAGAGUUUGUUAUUUGUAAAUUGGGGCAGUGAGGUAUUACUUAGACCUAGGUUUUCUUUGUAACAUAUAUAUGGAGUAAAGUAUUA